AGAGAGUUUCCGGUUUGGUCUCGGCUCCCGCCCCGCGCCGCCAUGAUGAAGUCCUGAACAAAAACCAUCAGACUCGAGCAAAAUGGGGGUAACACGGACUGAAAAUGAAAAAUGCCGACAGUGAUUCAGUAAUGACAAUGUAAAGUGGAACUCGGGGCAGAUGCACAAACGUGGAUGAACGCACACUCCAUCAGCGGCGUCUCUGCUCCAUCUCGGCGUUGCGUUAUUUGGUUAGCGUUUUGGCUAACCGUGGCUUCAGCUGCCUGUGAUUUCUCUGGAAGAGCGCUGCUGCUCUCAAAGACAGCUAAGCGGCUACAGCAGCUAGCAGGCGUCUGUCAGAUAGCUGUCAUUUCAACUGAUUGGCACAUUACCCAUGUCGAGUCCUGCAGACGCGCUGGUUGUGCAUUUGAGUGUGGGCACAAAGAUGGAGAGGGAUUCGAGUGAAAACAUCGACAGUCAUAAUGUGGUUUAAUCUUGUUGAAUAGACCCCACCAGCGCCGAGGAGAGGGGAGUGAGACCAAUAUUUUCCUACCAGGCCAGUCAGCUAGCCCAGUGCUAGCUACCGUGGAUCCCAAAAGCCACGGCGCUGGCCAUGCCGUCGAGUGUGCGGGCCGGGAGCCUGAAGGACCCGGAGGUGGCUGAGCUGUUCUGCAGGGAAGACCCUGAGAAGCUCUUCACAGACCUGAGGGAAAUCGGCCAUGGGAGCUUCGGAGCAGUCUACUUUGCCCAUGACAUCCGAACCAAUGAGGUGGUGGCUAUCAAGAAGAUGUCCUACAGUGGCAAGCAGUCCAAUGAGAAAUGGCAAGACAUCAUCAAAGAAGUGAAGUUCCUCCAGAAGCUUCGACACCCCAACACUGUGGAGUAUCGAGGCUGCUACCUAAAAGAGCACACAGCAUGGCUGGUGAUGGAGUACUGCCUGGGCUCAGCAUCUGACCUUUUAGAAGUUCACAAGAAACCCCUUCAGGAAGUGGAAAUUGCUGCCAUCAUCCAUGGUGCACUGCAGGGCCUGGUGUAUCUUCACUCUCACAACAUGAUUCACAGGGAUGUGAAAGCAGGAAACAUCUUGCUAACAGAACCAGGCCAAGUUAAACUUGGAGACUUUGGAUCUGCUUCCAUUGUUGCCCCUGCCAAUUCCUUUGUGGGGACACCUUACUGGAUGGCUCCGGAGGUAAUCCUGGCCAUGGAUGAGGGUCAGUACGAUGGAAAGGUGGAUGUGUGGUCACUUGGCAUUACCUGCAUAGAGCUGGCCGAAAGGAAGCCUCCUCUGUUCAAUAUGAAUGCCAUGAGUGCCUUAUACCACAUCGCCCAGAAUGAGAGCCCUGUAUUGCAGUCAAAUCACUGGUCAGACUACUUUCGCAAUUUUGUGGAUUCCUGUUUGCAGAAACUUGUCCCAGACAGACCUACCUCUGAUGUGCUGCUCAAGCACCACUUCCUAUGCAGAGAGCGCCCUAUGACAGUUGUGAUGGAUCUAAUUGCACGAACAAAGGAUGCUGUUCGAGAGUUGGACAACCUUCAGUAUCGCAAGAUGAAGAAAAUCCUUUUCCAUGAGGCACACAAUGGACCAGCCCCUGAAGGAGGUGAUGAUGAGGAGGAUGUAGAGCAGUACAUGCUACGUACUGGUACAGUAAAUAGUAUGGAGAGCUCUCAUUCUCUGCCGUCCAUGUCGAUCAGUGCCAGCUCCCAAAGCAGCUCCGUCAACAGCCUGGCAGACGGCUCUGACGACAGCGGCGAGAUGGCCAUGAUGCAAGAGGGAGAGCACACGGUCACCUCCAACAGCUCUGUUUUGCACAAGCCUCUGAGCCAUGACAACAUUUAUGAUGACCCUUAUCAGCCUGAAGUUGACCCCCAGCGAGAGGCUGCAGGAAGUGGGGGAGGUGGAGGAGGUGGGAGACGUCGGCGCAGAGACCAUUUUGCCACAAUUAGAACAGCUUCACUGGUCACACGUCAGAUUCAGGAACAUGAGCAGGGAUCAGCUCUCAGAGAACAGAUGUCUGGGUAUAAACGUAUGAGGCGCCAGCACCAGAAGCAGUUGAUGGGCCUUGAGAACAAGCUGAAGGCUGAAAUGGAUGAGCACCAACUGAGACUUGACAAAGAGCUGGAGAAUCAGAGGAACAACUUCUCUAUGGAAGGGGAGAAACUUUCCAAGAAGCACCAGGCCAUUUUAGAAAAGGAGACAAAAGCAGUUCUGACCGAGGAGAAGAAGUUUCAGCAGCACAUACUGGCACAGCAGAAGAAGGAGCUGACAAGUCUUCUAGAGUCCCAGAAGAGACAGUAUCGCCAGCGCAAAGAGCAACUUAAAGAGGAACUGAACGAGAACCAGUCAACGCCAAAGCGUGAAAAACAGGAAUGGCUGGUGCAUCAGAAGGAGUGUUUACAGCAGCUCCAGGCUGAAGAAGAGGCAGGGCUGCUCCGGAGGCAGAGGCAGUAUUAUGAACUUCAGUCUCGCCAGUACAAGAGGAAGAUGUUGUUGGCUCGACACAACCUUGAGCAGGAUCUGCUUCGAGAGGAACUCAACAAGAAGCAGACGCUGAAGGACUUGGAGUGUGCCAUGCUGCUGCGGCAUCAUGAGUCUACCCAGGAGCUGGAAUUCCGUCAGCUCAGUUUGGUGCAGCGCACACGAGCUGACCUGAUCCGCACACAGCACCAGACUGAGCUCACCAACCAGAUGGAAUAUAACAAGAGGCGUGAACAGGAGCUACGCCAAAAACACGCCAUGGAAGUCCGCCAACAGCCCAAGAGCCUGAAAGUGAGUGAGAGCCCAGUGUCUGCUGAUGACGAAGAAGGUCAGACAAGUCAGAGGUUGACUGAGGUUUGGUCCGAGGAGCAGGAGAGGGAAGAACUAGAGAGGUUUGCAUUGAAUGAUGGUGAAGAGUUUGAUGGAGAGUCAGAAGACUACAGAGAGGUGGCAGUUAAGGCAGAGGAAGCGAGUGGCUCUGUUGUUGGCAACCUAAAUGAAGUAGAUGACAUUAAGCUAAAGCGAAAUGACGUUGAGAAUGAAAGAGAACAGUGGGAAGUUGAUGGUGAAGGGACAGAUUUGAAGGAAGUAGAGUGUGUUCAGUGGAGUGGUUCUUCUAAAUCAGAACAGUUGGACUCAGAGGAAGAGGAGGGUAGAGGUGUGGCUGAUGGGUGUCCGUCAGAGCUGUUCUCAUCUUUAGCUCUAGAACUGCGGCGACAUCGUGAGCGAGAUGAUCUCUCAGAGUUUUAUUUUCCCGACAGCACCGACGAGCUGGAGCCUAUCCCCGUGUUACCUCCUGCACCUCCCCAACCUCCUGAAACCUCUCUGCCCUCCCUCCUGUCUCAUUGUUUGUGCCUCCUGCUGUCCCUGUCGGCUGCAGCACAUCCCUCAAAUCUCACUCUGCUGCUGCUGUCUGUCUUCCUCCUGUCUCUGAGGCGUUCCCCUCCUCUGCCCUCUCUCUCCUCUCUGCUGCUGUCAGCCGAACUGGCAGUGCUCGCGCUCCUGUUCUCCUACCUGUUCCUCCGCUCGUGCUGUGCCCUGUCUCUUUCCACUUUUCUAUGGCUCAGUCUGUGGGCCAGUGGCCUCUUCAGUCUGGGCCUCUCCUUUAGUUUGGGCAUUUAUUAUGUUCCUAUGAUUCUAAUAUCUGCAUCCUUCCUCAGUUCACCCUCCCUCUUCCUAUCACUGUAUUUAGUGGUGGUCCUGAUUAUCAAGCCAGCACGAGACUUUCUCCAAAAUGCACCUCGCAAAGUGAACCGCCUCUGCAUGCGUGUGCUCUUCCGAUUACCGCAGCCACUCUUUACUGUUAGUCAGCUGUUUUUGGGAGGAAUGGCAGAACGGAAUCUUUAUGAGAUGUUUCCCAAAGCAGGUAGAAACUGGGGCGCACGUCAGUCUAAAAUCCCUGUAUCUGUCAAAAGUGUACCUGUGGACUAUCGGGCUCACUGCAAUAACAACUCUCCCUUGGCCAAAUGCCUCCUUUGGAUAAAACGUUUCAUUAGACGCCCCAUUGGUGUACUAGCAGACCUGGCCAACUCUGCAGUGGUAGGACUAGUGCUAAGGCUGGUAAAAAAGCUCCCCCCUAGCUGUCAAAUAAAACUCCAAAAUCUAGGCCUCUUAAAGAAGGAGUCUCCAAGCCGAUUGCCGCGCUUGUUGCCGCGUGAGGCGAGGGAGCGAAUGCAAAGGGAGAGGCAAAGAAGGGAAAGGGAGCGUAAGAGAAGGGAGGAAAGAGAACGCCUGUUUGGAGAUUACACUCGAUGGGAGAGUGGUUUAAGGCGAACUUCCUCUGGGAGGUUUGUACGGGGUAAAGUCCGACCAUGGAGGUAGUCAAACAGGAGACCAUCAUGAGGGUUGUUUUAGUGAAUAUUGUGCUAAAAACAUGUGUGAGCCCAUGUUUUCUUGUCAUUUUUCUGUUGGUGUCAUUGGGCCAAUAUGUGUUGUUUAUAUGAUGUCCAACAGUUUUCAACACUUGAACACAUUUGAUCCAACACACCUUUGUGGGUGAACAUCAGCCAAAUUAUUUCAGCUUUGGAAAACUAGUUUCCACAUACAAAUGGAUGUUAACAAGCUGUGCAGUUGAAAACCUGUUAACUCGGCUACUGUACAACUUGCUAUGAAGUUUUAUUGUUACAUUAUUGUGCUUUUUGUAAAAGUUCCAUAUUUUUUAUUUUGCUUUUAAUUUGUCAGACAAAGAUUUUUAUGGUUAUUUUGACCAUUUUGUGCAAUUUUAUUUUAUUACUUUUUUAAAUUUACUUAUUUUAUUUCUAUGUGCACAGUUGUUUAAGUGCUUAGAUCAAAUGUAGUGUUUAAUGGCUCCUUGGCUACAUUUUCACUUUCCAAUGCUGUGAAGCUUAUGACAAAUCAUUUCCCUCACUCCUGAACACUAGAAUUAGUACAAUGCAAUAACCCUUUAAACUAAUGGGUAUUGCUGAUAAACCUAAGAUUUGUAUACUUAACAAAAUGAGCCAUUGAAAAAGUUUUGUGAGAUAUUGUAAAGAGAUGAUAUGGUAAUAUCAUCAGCUGCCAUUAUUGUUGUUCUUAUUGCACUUUAUACAAGGAUCUUUAAAGAUAUGAUUGAAAUUAUGGCCUAAUAUCAUACAUUUGCACAACUCUUGUUUGAGUGAUCAUUCCCUAAUUCAUGGGAACAAUAGAAAUAGAUAAAGUUAAAUAUGUACAUGAUUAUUUCAGUGUUGCCUAAAUUAUACUGAAGGAAGCCAUAUAGACGAUCUCAUGUGACCACUAUCUAUAUUGAGUCCAAAGAUUGAUCGAACUACUGAAUGUGAAAGUUGACAUUGAGCAGCUACCUGUUAGAAACAAAUGCACAGUUGCAAGAGCAGUUUUGAAGAAACAUUUCCAAAACCCAUAUGUAUCAUUUCAAUAACCUGAUCAUUCCAGGUUUACGGGAACAUGUUUCAGUUUGGCUUUACAUUUCAUUUAUUUGUGAGCAGGUUAAUUUUUAGCCGUUCACAAAAAUCUCAGUCAGAGGUAGUAGGCCUUAUCAUGUUGGACUCAUAUUUAAGGAUUUAAGCUUUAAACAAUUUGUUUUCUUUUUAAGUUUUGUUUGAAUGUAUCACCCUUGCUUUGUGUUUCCCUCCUCUGUGUACGUUUACAUGUUUGUAUUCUGUUCUGUGACACCAUUUGAGUGUUGGUGUGUCAAGUUCCCACCUUAACUUUUUAUGCAUAUAAUUUAUGCAAUAUUCACACCAUUCAGCUAUUUUGUACUCUAAUUUACAAAUUAGCGGUAGGCGUAGUGUUUGGCUAUGUGUGCCUAUGGAAUUUUAGAGAUAAAAUGUUAUAUUUAAUCUUUACAAACAAAAAAUAAAUUUUGUGUUAAAAUCA